GCAGCCAGGAGGAGCUCCUACCGGGGCCGCGGCCGAGGCGGAGGGGCCGGCCGUGCCCGGGGGCCGCCGCACCGAGGGGCCCCGGCCGCACAGCCUUGAGGCGGAGAAACAACCAGCCCCCGGCGGGCUGGGGCAGGAGGAAGAGCUCGGAGCCGCGACAGGCCGGAGGGGAGUGCCCUGCCCUGCCCUGCUCUGCCCCGCACCUCAUGCACGCACGCAGCCCGAGACCAGCAGAGGAUGUCAGCGUGUGUGUGCCCAUACCAUCCACCCUUCACUGCAGUCAGAGGCUUGUCCUCAGCUUUUGCUCAUGAGCGCCAGGGGCAACGUUGCAGGUGGGCGUUCCAGGAGUCCUCGAUGAAUUCUGUCGUGAAUCUUUAAGGAGUCUUCACGAGAAGUCCCCAGAUUGCAGUUCCCUUGAGACGGGAAGGCUCGGACUUCAAGAUGCUAAUAAAGGAAUACCGCAUUCCUCUUCCGAUGAGCGUGGAGGAGUAUCGCAUUGCCCAGCUGUACAUGAUACAGAAAAAGAGCCGAGAGGAGACAUGCGGUGAAGGCAGCGGGGUGGAGAUCCUGGAGAAUCGGCCUUACACCGACGGGCCAGGGGGCGCUGGUCAGUACACGCACAAGGUGUACCAUAUUGGUAUGCACAUCCCCAGCUGGUUCCGCUCCAUCCUGCCCAAGGCAGCCUUGCGGGUGGAAGAGGAAUCCUGGAAUGCUUACCCCUAUACCAGGACCAGGUACACGUGCCCUUUUGUGGAGAAAUUCUCCAUUGACAUUGAAACCUUUUAUAAACCCGACGCAGGAGACGAUGCCAAUGUGUUCAACCUCUCUCCUGUGGAAAAGAGACAGACCACACUGGAUCCCAUCGACAUCGUCAAAGACCCCAUCCCUCCCAACGAGUACAAGUUGGAGGAGGAUCCUCGGCUCUUUCGAUCAGUCAAAACGAAGAGAGGCCCACUAUCUGAAGACUGGAUCGAGGAGUGCCUCCGCCACCCCAACCACUUGCCCAUCAUGUGCGCAUAUAAGCUGUGUAAGGUGGAAUUUCGAUACUGGGGCAUGCAGUCCAAGAUCGAGAGGUUCAUUCACGAUGUUGGGCUUCGGAAGGUGAUGGUGCGGGCCCACCGGCAGGCCUGGUGCUGGCAGGAUGAAUGGUAUGGGCUGACCAUUGAGGAUAUCCGGGAGCUGGAGAAGGAGGCGCAGCUGAUGCUGUCCCGCAAGAUGGCCCAGUACAUGGACGGUGAUGGGCACGGGCCCCAGGAGCCCCCCAGUGAGGAGAAGAAAGAGGAUAACACCUUGAGAGAGGAUGUGGAGCCCCCCAGCAGCAAUGGGGAGGCCCUCAAGGGGAGAGGCCUAACGAAGCAGUGGUCCACAUCUUCCAAGUCUUCCCGGUCGUCCAAACGAGGAGGGAGCCCGUCUUGCCAAAGCAUCUCAGAGUGGAGGAUGCAGAGCAUAGCGAGGGACUCGGAUGACAGCUCAGACGAUGAGUUCUUCGAUGCCCACGAGGACCUGUCUGACAGCGAGGAGCAACCAUUCCCCAAGGAAAUCACCAAGUGGAGCUCAGAUGACCUCAUGGACAAGAUCGAAACCCCCGAAGCAGAUGCACCUGUGAUCGCUGCUCCUCCAUGGGCAGAGCUGCACGAGGUCACGAGUCCAGCAGCCCUUGACAAUCUGUACACUGAGCCAACAGCCAAUGAAUACUCUGAGGCCAGCAACGUGGAGCAACUGAACAUAGCCGAGGAUGAGGCCGGCCCUACACUGGUGCAGCCCUCUAAGAUCCAUGUCUUGUUGCUGGUGCUACACGGUGGAAACAUCCUGGACACUGGGGCUGGUGACCAGAACUCGAAACAGGGUGAUGUCAACACUAUCGCCACAGCGUUUGACACAGUCAUGCGUGUGCACUACCCGGCCGCCCUCGGCCGGAUCACCAUCAAGCUGGUCCCCUGCCCGCCUAUCUGCUCUGAAGCCUUUUCCCUGGUCUCCAACUUAAGUCCCUACAGCUAUGAUGAAGGCUGCCUCUCCAACAGCCAGGACCACAUCCCACUUGCAGCCCUGCCCCUGCUGGCAACCUCCUCACCCCAGUACCAGGAGGCAGUUGCCAUGGUGAUUCAGCGUGCUAAUCACGCCUACAAUGAAUUCCUCAAGUCUCAGGAUGGCAUGACCUUCAAUGGGCAGGUCUGCCUGAUAGGGGACUGUGUCGGAGGGAUCCUGGCAUUCGAUGCCUUAUGCUACAGCAACCAAACUGUCUCAGAAAGCCAGAACAGCAGCCGCCGGGGAAGUGUGGUGAGCGUACAGGACACUGACCUCCUGUCCCCUGGGAUCCUGGUGAACAACACCCACUGCUCUGCGGGUGGCAGCAGCGGUGGCGGCAGCAGUGGCGGUGGCGGUGGCGGUGGCAGUAGCAGCAGUGGUGGUGGCGGCGGCAGUGGCGGUGGUGGCGGCAGCUCUGGCGGUGGGGGCAGUGGCAGCUCCAGCCUGGAAAGCAGCCGCCAUCUUAGCCGGAGCAACAUUGACAUCCCCCGCAGCAACGGGGCUGAGGAACCCAAGAAGCAGCUACCCAGGAAGAGGAGCGAUUCGUCCACUUAUGAAGUAGACACUAUAAAGCAGCAUCAAGCCUUCCUGUCCAGUCUACACUCCAGCGUGUUGCGGAAUGACCCCUGCUCCCGGCGAUCGAGUAGUUCUACCAUGCUGGAUGGCACUGGCGGCCUUGGGAAGUUUGAAUUUGAGAUCUCUGACUUCUUCCUCUUUGGCUCCCCCUUGGGGCUGGUCCUGGCCCUAAGGAAGACAGUCAUUCCGGCCCUGGACGUCUUUCAGCUUCGGCCCGCCUGUCAGCAAGUCUAUAACCUCUUUCAUCCUGCGGACCCCUCGGCCUCCCGCCUUGAGCCCCUCCUGGAGAAGAGGUUCCAUGCCCUGCCCCCUUUCAACAUUCCCCGCUACCAGCGAUUCCCCCUGGGCGACGGCUGCUCCACCCUGCUGGUCGAGACAGUGCAGAACAACCCUGUUCUCCUCCUGGAGGGUGGCCCCCUGGCUACCCCCCAGCACCAGGACAGCUUCAUGGAAACCAGUAUCCCCGUUCCCGUGCUGAGCUGCCAAGAUGGGUCCAGGAAAAGUUCUGGCUGUGCUGAGUCGGAUGUCAUACAGUCCCACAAUGCUGUCUUCAUGGAGAAUGCGUCCCCUUCCUCUCCCGGCACAGCCCCCACUUUCCGGGGCUUCCGCCGGGCCAGUGAGGUCAGCAUCACCAGCCAAGUGUCUGGCAUGGCUGACAGCUACACUGUCUCCAAUAUCGCCAACAAGACCCAAUCGGUCCUCAGUCACACCCCCAGUGUCAGGCGCCUGUCCCUGCUUGCCCUCCCCCAGCAGCCCCCUGCCACCCCGGUGUCCCAGAGGCCCCGGCCUCAACCAGGGGAGCUGCCCCUCAGUCCUGUAGCAGAAAGGUUGGCGGGGGAACCGAGUCCAAGCCUGGACCGAGUCCCCAAUCUGGACAUCAGAGAAGUUGCUGCCAAGUGGUGGGGAACAAAGCGGAUCGACUAUGCCCUGUACUGUCCGGAUGCCCUCACUGCUUUCCCCACCGUGGCUCUCCCCCACCUCUUCCAUGCCAGCUACUGGGAAUCCACCGAUGUGGUCUCUUUCCUGCUGAGACAGGUCAUGAGGCAUGAUAACGCCAGCAUCUUGGAGCUAGAUGGCAAGGAGGUGUCUGUGUUCACGCCCUCAAAGCCCCGGGAAAAGUGGCAGAGGAAAAGAACCCAUGUAAAGCUGCGGAAUGUCACUGCGAAUCACAGGAUCAAUGAUGCUGUAGCCAAUGAGGAUGGUCCUCAGACACUGACGGGCAGGUUCAUGUAUGGGCCUUUAGAUAUGGUUACCCUGACAGGGGAGAAGGUGGACAUCCACAUCAUGACCCAACCCCCAUCUGGGGAAUGGGUCCACUUUGACACGCUCAUCACCAACAGCAGCGGGCGAAUCUCCUACACCAUCCCUGAGGAGCAGCGUCUGGGCGUCGGUGUCUACCCCAUCAAGAUGGUGGUCAGGGGGGACCACACAUUCGCAGACAGCUACAUCACCGUCCUCCCCAAGGGGACGGAGUUCGUAGUCUUCAGCAUCGAUGGCUCCUUUGCCGCCAGCGUCUCCAUCAUGGGCAGUGACCCCAAGGUGCGAGCAGGUGCUGUGGAUGUAGUAAGACACUGGCAGGACCUUGGCUACCUCAUCAUCUACGUGACAGGACGGCCCGACAUGCAGAAGCAGCGGGUAGUAGCCUGGCUAGCGCAGCACAACUUCCCGCACGGGAUCGUCUCCUUCUGUGAUGGCCUCGUGCACGACCCUCUGCGGCAUAAGGCCAACUUCCUGAAGUUCCUCAUCGCCGAGCUCCACAUGCGGGUGCACGCGGCCUAUGGCUCCACCAAGGACAUCUCUGUCUAUAGCUCCAUCAGCCUGUCCCCCAUGCAGAUCUACAUUGUUGGACGUCCCACCAAGAAACUUCAACAUCAGUGCCAGUUCAUCACCGAAGGCUACGCGACCCACCUCGCUCAGCUCAAGUACAACCACCGAGCCCGGCCAGCCAAGAACAGCACCCGCAUGGCUCUCCGAAAAGGCAGCUUUGGCCUCCCAGGCCAGGGCGACUUCCUUCGCAAACGGAACCACCUCUUGCGUACCAUCUCCUCCCAGCCCGCCGGACCCAGCCACAAGCAUGAGCGGACGCAAAGCCAGUCGGACAGUGAGCGGGAACGCGAGCGGGAGCGGGGCCAGCGGAGCAUGAGCGUGGCCACAGGCUGCUGGGGCCGCCGGCCAGAGGCGGGGGUCCCCCCAGGGCCCAAGUAGAGGUGCCUGCCUCCCCGCCCCCCCCCAGGAGCCUGCCCUGGAGCGGCCCCAGAGCGGGAGAUGUCACCAUGGUGCUAGGAGGCAAGGGGGACAGAGCCACACAGGCUGUAGGUCCCGGGCAGACAGGCAGGUGCCAGCCUGCAAGUGAACUGAGAGGCCGGAGCUGAAGAUGGGAGGACUCGGAUCCCAUCGUAGGCCCCUCAUAGGGGCAGUCUUGGCUAAGGCCUCAGGCAUUUUGCUGCUUCUGCCCCAGACAAGCACAGGACAUGGCCUGUCUCUGUUCCCAGGGGUGGGAGACAUCAAACGGUGACUCCAGGCCCCUUCUGACCCAGGGGGUUUUCCUCACAGCCCCCUAUGGAGAGGCUCGGCCAGCCUCCUCUAACCACACCUUGCCCAAGAAGCAGGGCCCGAUCCUGACAUGUAGGGAGAAGGCAAGGCACGGCAGGGCAGGAGACGGGACACCGUCCCCCAAAGAGACUUCUCAUCAGGGUUCUGUUCCCGGUGUUUUGAAGCUUGGGGCCUUCGGUGCUCUCAGAAGCCGGUGGCAUCCUGCAUCUGCCGACAAAUACAGGGAAAUCACCCCCUCCCCCACCGCCAUUCUGGGGGAGCAGAGGGCUCCCCGUCUCAGCCCUUGAGAAGAGACCGCAUCCAACCUGCUGCUCUCUGCCCCGCCCCCGCCCCCCACCGCCAUGUAGAGUCUCCCCAGAAGCCCUGUAGCUCGUUCAUUCCUGAGCACUGGAGAUGAUCUAGCUAUGUGCACUCUGUAAUCCACGAGCAGGGUCGGAGGCAUCACCACCUGUCCUCCUAGCCCCCCCACGUCCAUUUCCCUCAGCCCCCUUCGCCCCGAGUUCUCUCCAGACACAGUAGCAGCUCCCCAGGAGUUCGACCUGCUUCUUUUAACUCGUCACUCAACUGUAAAACCUCAUCGUUUUUUGCACUGAUAAUCUCUAGGGUGGAGACCUGUUACCAUCUCAUGUGGCUACACAUCACCGUUGGUAGUGCAUGAUCAUUAAAUAUUUUGCUGAUCCAGGAUAGAGUUCCGUGCAGGUUUGUUUGGUUUUUGUUUGAUUUUCUUUUUUGCAUAGUAAGGAGACCCAAGUGUAUACCAAGUCUGUUGUACAAAGCUUAAGGAAAAGGCCAUAUCUUCAUUUCUAGUUCUGUCAAAAAGGCCCCGGGCCAGCCCCCACACAGGUCACCCCCGUCCCCGGCUCCCUACCCUCUCCUCCACCUGCCUGGCCUUGCCCAGCUCUCUGCGUCCCUUAGCUCUGUUUCAGCCUCUCUGACCAGCAGGGAGGAAGCAGAGCAGGGAGGAGGGUGGGGGAGCCCCUUGAGUCCAGAUCAGCCAUGAGCCUGGCAUGUACUGCUCUGGGCACCUGUCCCGAGCAGCGAGCCAGAGUCUGGGCACCGGAGGCCCCCAACGCCCACCUCCAGGCCAGAGAACAGAGAGCUAGGGGAUGGGGGGGGGUGGAGGGGACAGCCUGACCCAGGUUUUCCUCUCUGAAACCAGAUUUUUGGCCAACCCCCAUUUUGCACACUGCUCCUGAUGCUGCUGCUGCUGCCCACUGCAGUGCAUUAUAUUUCUAUUCCUUUCUAUGUCAGUGAUUUGAUUUCUAAAAGGGUUGGGUUGUUUGGUCUUUUUUCUUUUUUAAAGGGAAAAAAAAAAAAAAACUUGGCUGCUUUUGGUUUUCUUAACUCUUUCAAUACCAAGGGCAGCCCUCUCUGCUUUGUGAAAACCUAGCACUGUGAAAGCAGCCCGCUUUGGGGAGCUCUGGGCCCUGCUACUGUCUCCCAGGCCUAGAGAUGCCCCAAACUGUCUCCAGGCACUUGGAGCCUCACUCCUAAUAUUUCCAAACUCCCGCUCAAUUUCUACUCUCGCAAUGGGGCUUUAGGGGAAGGUGGGAGGGGGCACAUACAGAUCUUUAAAACGCAAACUGUUUUGAAGUGAAAACUGGGACUGUUCGGUCCUUCAUCUCUCAUCCUGGCCAAUGACCAACUCCCCCUGCAGCACCUUUGCUGGUUUCUGCUGAUGAAAUCAGACUUCCCCUUUCUAACCACUCAACUUUCUCGACGUGUUGCCUUGAUCUCAUUUCCACCAGGCACUGGCACCCACAUCAAUUUUUCUUAAGCUUGGCCCUUUAUCUCAGUGGCCAACAGAGCCGGCCACCUUUGGCUGGAAGAGCUGAGCAAGCUGAGAACCGGGUUCUCAGAAAGACGGUGAACUCUGGAUAUGGCCUUUGUCCGAUGCCCACCCAGCCAGUGGGGCCGGGUGGUCCAUUCUGUACAUUUUGUUGGGGGGCGGGAGGGUAUGAAAAGAUGUUGACAUUUUCUCUUGUGUAGAUAUUGUAAAGAGGAAAAAAAUGUAUCCUGUAAAUGUUCAGAAAAGUGGGUAUAUAGAGAGUGAAAGUUAUUUAUUUUGUGUAGGGAAAAUGUCUGAAGGGAGAACCUUCAGGGCUUGUGAAUAUUUAAGAUGUAGCUUUCUUUCCUUGUUUCAGGCAUUAUGUUCAAAGCAAUUGUUUUCUGGACCAAGUCCAAUGUUACCUGUCUCAGAAGAAUGCAAUAUCUGACUGCCCCCUCCCCACCACCUCCCCCUCUCCAAUAAUCACAGCCUUGGGGAGGGGUCUCUCUCACACUCUCACACACACACACACACACACACACACACCCCUCCCCUCCCCGACUCCUUCCCUCGAACCAUUUCCAAUAGUCUGGGGGGAAGGAGCCCUUCUUGAGCUGAGUCUCAGACCCUGAUCGCAAUAACAGCGGCCAGAGGCAGCUGUCAUGAGACUGUGCCAGCCCUUGACUGGACUCUCCCCUCCUGGCUCAGCCACAUCCACUGCUCCUGAGGCUGCACCUUCUGCCAUCAGCUCUGCCACAAACUCAGCCUUGAAGGCUCCCCCCAGCCCCAGCCAACUACGCCAAGGACAAGAGCAAUAGUACUAGUCUUCAUCUGUCUCAGUCCCUGUUGUCCGUGCAUAGCACCUCAUCCAGUGUGAACGCACAGGCCGGAAUCGGGCCCCUCAGCCGUGGAAGGAGAGAUGAGUGAACAUUGGUAAAUGCUGUCUCACCAAAAUUACGGAGCCCUCCUCGCUCCCCCUCCCUUUUCUUUUCCACAUCCUUUAAGAUUCCAUGAGGUAUAUUUGCUGUUAACAAACAAAAAGUUGGUAUUUUUUUUGAAACAGAACUUUUUUUUUUUAAUUUUAAAAAAAUGUUUACAGCAUCAGAAGACAACCAAUCAUAACCAAAAACACCAUUAAGUACCCAGGCAGGGAAGCUGCCCCUUCCCACCCCAAUCAAGUAACUCCACCUCUGCUGCAUUGCCCAAGUAUCUCUAGAAGCCUUACUCUCCUUCUUCCUCCUUGUAGGAAACCUCACCCAGGAUCUAUUGGUAUUCCCAACUGUCAAUUUUAUAUUCAAUCAUCUUUAUCCCAUUUGAUUUAUAAAGAGGUGUUUCUUAGGGAUUCAAUUAAAAAACAAAACUCCUUCCAGGCUUGGUCUGAAAGGCCCACCCCACUGGGGCCACCCCUGGCUCAGAAGCCAGUCUGCCCCAUCCCAGUUUCAUCUCUUUGAUUCCGUCUGUGUGUCGGCAUCUCUUGGCUUCUAUGUGAGAGACCAUCCACUUAUUUCUUCUUGCUGUCUGUCAGUGCAUUGUUGCGAUGCCUGGGUGUGUAUACUCUGUACACAGUAUCACUGUAUGUUACAUAAAUAAAGGGAAGGCUUCUUUCCUGA